AUUAACCCUCGCUGGGACAACCCCUAUACUCUCACACCGUCCAUCAUAGCAUCCAUCAUACCGUCCAUUAAACACGGUAUUGACUCUCCGCAGCCUCUUGUGAAGCACGGGAAUAAGAAAAUGGUGGUCAAAGUCAAAGAAUUUUAUUUGACUUGUGAAUCUAAUAUUUGGGAUGCAUCUCAACUUCCCUGUGCGUCAUCUCACAUUGUAGCUAGCCAAUCAACCUCUUCAAGCUCUUAUCUUUACAUUUUUAACAGUGAUUUUCAUCUCUGCAACAACCCAAUAGGGUAGAAUGAGAGACAUUCAAAGAUACGUCAAGGCUUUUCUGUCUUCUGUCUUCAUAUUGUUCGGCUUAUUGUCCCUGUGUUCUAAUGCAAGUGAAAACAAUAUCACACGAGGCCAAUUGGUUACAGAUGGACAAACUAUAAUUUCAGUUGGGAAGAAGUUCGAAUUGGGUUUCUUUAGUCCUGGGAAUUCCACAAAUCGCUACGUUGGGAUAUGGUAUUACAAGUUUCCAGUACAAACAGUUGUGUGGGUUGCAAACAGAGAGAAUCCAAUUCUGGAUAGAGGAGGGGUUCUCAACAUUACAGACGAUGGGAAACUGGUGGUGAUGGAUGGGAAUGGAAAACUUGUCUGGUCAACAAAUGUUUCACUUAUACCCAGUAACACAACUGCUGUUCUCAUGGACACCGGGAAUCUUCUUCUCAGAAGUGAUGAAACUUUUGGUAACUCUUACAAGGUCCUGUGGCAGAGCUUCGAUGAUCCUACAGAUACCUUCCUACCUGGCAUGAUAAUGGGCUAUAAACCAGAGAAAAAUAUAUUCACUUCGUGGAAAAGCGCUGAUGAUCCUUCAAAGGGGAGCUACCAUGAGGGUCUGGAUUCUCUGGAAUCUCCUCAAAUUCUGAUAUGGGAGGGAUUGACUCGGCAUUGGAGAAGUGGGCAAUGGAAUCUGCAGACGUUCCUUGGCGUUCCCAACAUGACAUAUCGCUAUCUUUCUGGGUUUAAGCUCAUCAGUGAUACUGGAAGAGGAGAAAAGUACUUCACUUACACUUGGCCCAACAAUUCUGAUUUCUUGCGGUUUUGGAUAGGAUGGGAUGGAAGAGUGAAGCAGCUUCAGUGGGAUGGGAAAAAGGAGUGGAUUGAACUCAGGUCAGAACCAAGUAAUGAAUGUGGAAUUUACAAUAGGUGUGGAGCUUUUGGGAGGUGUAGCCAUUGGGAUUCCCCAAUCUGUAGUUGUUUUCAUGGGUAUGAACCCAAAGAUAGCCAGGAGUGGAAUAAGGGAAAUUGGUCAGGUGGUUGUGUGAGGAGAACAGAGUUACAGUGUGAGAAAACUGGUAGUGAGGUUGAGGCACCCAGGGAGGAUGGUUUUAAAAGUUUGGUAGGUGUCGUAUUACCUGAUUUCUCCAAGAGGGUUGCAGUUAAUGGCAAUAAUGGCUUGGGUGAAUGUAAAGAUGAGUGUUUGAGGAAUUGUUCUUGUAAUGCUUAUGCGUAUAUCAGUGGGAUUGACUGUAUCAUUUGGAGUGGGGAUUUAGUUGAUGUUCAGCAAUUUCAAGUAGGUGGGAAUACCAUCUACAUCCGCCUCGCUGCUUCAGAAUUAUUAGGUGGCAACAGUGGGAUAUCGAAGCAAAUCAUAGUGAUAAUUGCAAUUUCUGGGAUAGUUUUACUAAGCAUAUCUAUCUACUCACUGUGGAGACUUAUUCCAAAACUAAGAGGUAAAUUCACAGAGCUUUUCACAAAUGCUGAUAGAUUUUAUUUUUGUGGGCAUCUUAAGUGUUUUGCACUAACCAUAUUCUCAGAUUUGUGGAGGAAACGAAACGAAAAACUGCCAUUAUUUGCUUUGAGCAAGAAUUGGGAGUUUUCAGUGAAAUUCUCAGGACCAGAUGACCUCAUAAUAGAUGGGCAACAAGGAAAUGUGCCGGAAUUGCCAUUGUUCGAUUUUGAUUGUGUAGCAGUUGCUACAAGCAACUUUUCUGAUGCAAAUAAGCUUGGGCAAGGUGGAUUUGGACCUGUUUACAAGGGAAUGCUACGUGGAGGACAAGAAAUAGCCGUGAAAAGACUUUCGAGGCGUUCAAUGCAAGGGUUGGAAGAAUUUAUGAAUGAGAUUAUACUCAUUGCCAAACUACAACACAGGAAUUUGGUUAGACUUCUGGGUUGUUGCAUUCAUGGGGAAGAAAAGAUGUUGCUCUAUGAAUAUAUGCCCAAUGGCAGCUUAAGUUCCUUUAUUUUUGACACAGCAAAGCAAGGGCAGUUAGACUGGAGGAAACGUUUCCACAUUAUGGAGGGGAUUGCACGAGGGCUCCUUUACCUUCACCGAGAUUCGAGGCUAAGAAUAAUCCAUCGAGAUCUAAAAGCUAGCAAUAUUUUGUUAGACAAUGAGAUGAACCCAACAAUUUCAGACUUUGGAAUGGCUAAAAUUUUUGAAGGGAAUCAAAAUCAAACAAAUACAAACAGAGUAGUUGGGACAUGUGGGUACAUGUCUCCUGAAUAUGCAAUGGAAGGCUUAGUUUCUGUUAAAACAGAUGUCUAUAGCUUUGGGGUGUUGCUCCUAGAGAUUGUUAGUGGUAAGAGGAAUAGCUACAUCUCUCAUUCUGAGCACAAAUCAAAUCUGAUUGGAUAUGCAUGGCAUCUAUGGAGUGAAGGGAAAGGAAAGGAAUUUAUGGACUCAUCUAUAGUUGAUACAUGUUUGGAUUGGGAGGUAUUGAGAUGUAUUCAAGUGGGGCUGUUGUGUGUGCAAGACUCUGCAAUGGAGAGACCAACAAUGUCAUCUGUUUUGUUGAUGUUGGAAAGUGAGACUGCAAUUGUUCCUAUCCCGAAGCAACCUACUUUUCCUGUAGUUAGAAAUUACAUGGUGAAGGAUUUAUCUGUGGAAGGAUUAGAAGUUAUUUCAACAAAUGAUCUAACAGUGACCACAGUAGUUGGAAGAUAAAGAUCUGUGAGGGCCAAUUGAUUUCUCAUUUCAGGGCUGUUGAGGACUCCUAAAUCAUAAGCUAAUUGUAACCCACUAGAUCUGUUAUAAUUAAAAGUUGAAACAUAUUUGUUUUACAUAUCAUUACUCUUAGAUUCCUUCUUGUUCUCUGCAUAGAAAAA